UUUUGCUCUACUACAGUAAAACAACUACUCAAAAACAAAAACAAACAAAAUGUUCAAAUACUUUGCUCUCGUUUUCGUUGCCCUCUUCGCCUUCGCUGCUGCUGAACCUAAACCCGCUGUUGUCGCUGCACCAUUAGCCUACUCUGCCCCAUUGGUCGCCUCGCCCUACGCUGCCGCCUAUGCUGCACCCUAUGCCGCUUACGCCGCUGCUCCUUAUGCCGCCUACGCUUCACCCUAUGCUGCCUAUUCCGCUUACCCAUACAGCGCCUCCUAUGUGCUCCGCAAGUAA